GAGAGAGAGAGAGAGUAAAGAGAAAGAGAACGAGAGAGGGUGCUGACAUCUGAGAUAAGGCACCUCAUUUGAAUGUGACAGAAGCCCCUCUCUACCUGCAAAAAUACAGAACACAUUUCUAGAGCGCUUCCAUGGUGACAUACUCAGCUGGUGCUGAUUGGCCGAAACCUAAAUGAUGCACUGAUUCUACACCAUGGCCCAGGAGGCUCUGUGGAAAUACCCACAAUCCUCAGCUCCCUGAUUUACACUGACAGCAUCUCAGGCUCAAGGAGAAAACCUGUCCAAGCUAUGAUGUCAGUCUGCGUGCCCUCACCACGUAACUCCUCCCCCUCUGUGGAUGUAGCCAAUCGCAACGGGCCUCCGGCAACUCCGCCCAAUUCCCUCAGCCUGCUUUCUUCACACAAUCAACUGCUGAGUGAUGAUGUCAUCAAGCAAGGCCAGGCCACACCUCCUAAGUGUAGGAAGAAGUAUGCGCUCACAAGCAUUCAGAGCGCGAUGGGCCUUGGCGAAGGCGUGACGCCACCGUCAUCUUCUUCAGAAACUACUGCCAAUCCAAAACUGGCCAAAAAUGGUGUAAAUCAGUUACGUAAAGCUGCGGAACGGCAGGAUCACAACAAGAACACCACCAAAGAAGACGAAGAUGGAAACUUAGUUGCUGAAUCAGAGCUGAACUUUGAUGACGAGUUGAAUGUUGAAGAAUUAAGCCUUGAUAGUGAGUCUAACAUUGACUUUGAUCCCAAUAACGAGCUUGUUAACGAGGAUAUAAAUGAGCUGAUUAAUGAUGACACUAACCAGGAGGACCAUGUUCAGUCUGGGGAGAAUUGUGCCGAUCUACUCAUUCUGUCAGAGAAAACUGAGAUUGUCUCAGAUGUGAAGUCCCCUGAGCAUCUUAAGACCAAGAGUUACAUGCAGUCAUGCCGUGAUGACCUGCCAAACGAACGGCCCGAUAUGCAGGAUGAUGAUGUCACAAAGCCUUUGCUAGAAAAAGAGAAGAAUCCCUGUCCUAUGUCUCCAAGGAAACAGCACAGCCCCGAGGACACACCCCUGCUGUCUGUCAGCUCUUCAUCUUCCUCUUCCUCACCAGAGACGAAAAAAGACCGACCACGGACGGGAGCCAAGACAGACCGCGCACUAAACCGUAUCCAGAACCUGCCACACAGCGACGAGGAGUCCAGCUGGACCACAUUGUCUCAGGACAGUGCAUCACUAGACUCACCAGAGGAGAGCGAUAUCUGGGGGGAGCAGUCAUUUCAGACAGACCCUGAUUUGCCUCCAGGAUGGAAGAUGAUGACAGACAUGGCUGGUAUUUAUUACUGGCACAUUCCAACGGGUACCACACAGUGGGAGAGACCAGCCCCAUGCCAUCCGGUUCCAACUGGGCCCGACCAUGCCAACCGCAAACACUCCCUGGGCUCCCUGUCACCCUCACCCACCCCGGAUCAUGAGUCAGUGUCUCAUGCCGAUGUGUUUUUUGGAGCAUCGAGUCGUUCAGGCAGCACCAUCUCCGAGAGCUCCUUUGACCCCGCCCCCAUUCCGUCCUCUUCCUGUCUGGACCCUACACCUAUCCUCUCCUCAAACUCUUCUUCAUCUUCCGAUGGCAAUGUUCCUUCCUGUGGAUUUGUCAACAGCUGCUACUUUCCUCGUUCUUCAUCCCUACAAAUAAUGCCAGGGAAGGAUAGACACUCUGAGAUGUGCCAUCGGGAAGAGGAUAAGAAAAAGCCAUGGAGUGAUUUUGCAGUUGGAAAGAUUGAUAGUGAGAUCUGGAAGGAUCUUCAGGCGGCCACAGUGAACCCUGACCCCAGUUUAAAGGAAUUUGAAGGAGCAACUCUCCGCUAUGCCUCCCUCAAGCUACGAAACCCUGCUCCCGUUGAAGAGGAAGAUUCCAGUAGUAUUAACAGUGACCCUGAAGCCAAGUGUUUUGCUGUGCGCUCUCUGGGCUGGGUAGAGAUGGCUGAAGAGGACUUGGCUCCUGGUAAAAGCAGCGUCGCUGUUAACAACUGUAUCCGUCAACUGUCCUACUGCAAGAAUGACAUCCGAGACACAGUGGGCAUCUGGGGAGAGGGGAAGGAUAUGUACCUCAUUUUAGAGAAUAACAUGCUGAAUCUGGUCGACCCAAUGGAUCGCAGCAUUCUGCACACUCAGCCAAUCGCAAGCAUCCGUGUGUGGGGCGUCGGCCGUGAUAAUGGAAGGGAUUUUGCGUAUGUAGCACGAGAUAAGGACACUCGGAUAUUAAAAUGUCAUGUGUUCCGCUGUGACACCCCUGCCAAAGCCAUUGCUACCAGUUUGCACGAGAUCUGUUCCAGGAUCAUGGCCGAGCGCAAGAAUGCCAAAGCUAUGGCUGGAGGAUUCCUACAGGACAGGACACACGCUGGGCUUGAUGUCCCACUACAAGCAGAGUUCCCCACACCAAAGACUGAACUGGUGCAGAAAUUCCAGGUGUUCUAUCUCGGCAUGAUGCCAGUUGCUAGACCUUUAGGCAUGGACAUUCUCAACGGUGCAAUAGACAGUUUAAUGUCAUCAUCAUCCCGAGAUGACUGGAUGCCCGUGAUGCUGAAUGUAGCUGAUGCAACAGUCACUGUCAUCAAAGAGAAGGAGGAAGAGGAGGUGCUAGUGGAGUGUCGCGUGCGUUUCCUGUCAUUCAUGGGAGUAGGAAAAGAUGUGCAUUCAUUUGCAUUUAUCAUGGACUCUGGGAACCAGCACUUUGAGUGUCAUGUGUUUUGGUGUGAUCCCAAUGCUGGCGGUGUGUCAGAGGCUGUUCAGGCAGCAUGCAUGCUGAGGUAUCAGAAGUGUCUGGUGGCACGCCCUCCAUCUCAGAAAGCCUGCUCACAGGCGCCCCCUGCGGAUUCAGUCACACGCCGCGUCUCCACCAGUGUCAAACGUGGAGUUCUUUCCCUCAUCGACACACUCAAACAGAAGAGACCUGUCACUGAGCUUCCCCAGUGAUCUGACACACAAGCACACACACUUGCUGUCACACGCUCUGCAUGCUUAUAACUAUCAAAAUAUUUUGUACAUACCAGUCAAUUGAUGGAAAUGAAGAGGAACUCAAGGACUAAUCCAUAGAUGAGCUUAUGCCAAGAAAAUAUACCCUUUAUUCAGAAACACACACUUGAUCCACUAACUUCAGCCUCUUUCGAUUGCUACCACCCAUAUGUCAGUCGUAUCUGCAUGGAAAGAAACACCUCUCAUGCAUGACAGAAAUCAGCAGGCACCAUCCAGCUACAAAACACCAACCUGUGCGGACAAAGCCUGCUUGAAUUUCAUCAGCAGAGAUUACUUGGGCUGCAUCUACAUUAAUCCGUAUACAUUUGAAAACUGUGUUUUUAUUUUCGAAACGCUCUGUCUACACUGCCGUUUUCAAGCGUUUUCCAAAAGUUGCUCGUCCACACUGAAACAUAUAAAAAACGCUUAAAUCCUCUUUCUGCGCAUGCGAAACAUUGCUGUUGCAUGUAUGGUCUGAAACACAAUUGUCCUCUUGUUCCAUCGCCGAAUGCCAAUUCCGAGUAAACUUCCCAUCGCCUUGGAAGGAAUGCAAUGUGAAUGUUGUACAAAGUAACAUUUAUCUUUAACAACGCUAUUAAAGUGAAUGUCAGGCAAAACGGCGCCGCUAUAACACAGGUCGCCAUAUUGAUUGUUUUGGUUGAAUGGAUCAUAUGACUGCGUCACCUGACAACAAAUACGACAUCGUUUUCAGAUAUCUCUGUUUUCCCAGUCCACACAACAACGGGAAAAUGCCGUUUUCAAAUGUAUCCACUUGGGAGAGCGUUUUCAAAAAGCUCAGUUUUCGCUAACAAAAACAGCGUUUUAGUGUGGACGGAAGACCCAAACGGAGAGAAAAAGAUGUGUUUUCAAACGAAAAUGUAUUAGUGUGGAUGUGGCCUUGAUUAGAAUGAAAAUUGGUUUGUGUGUAUAACAAAACAAAUAUGGCUGCUUUGCCUCACCAGAGCUUGUUUGGUAUUGUCACAGUUAGUAACUGUAGCUGCAUGAUCAGAUGUGUGUGCGGAGUGUGUGUGUGUGUGUGUUGAGAGGAGCUUGAUGCUGCUUAAUUUGCUGAAGGACGUUUGUACUUUAAGUGUCAUGAAACCAUACUUUUUUUGUUGUAACUCUGUUACAUCUUUUAUUAUACACCAGUAAGUUCUGGUCCUCUAAUCUUAUUGGACAUGUGGUGUUUCAAUAGUGCUGAUAUUUAGUAUACACGGCACUGUGACACUCCAUUGUUUGUAUCACUCCGCUUGUCUGUGUUUGCAAAAUUCCAGACAGGCUGUCAGUCUAUGCGUUUCUCGGCAAAAUGCAAGCCUGCUUUAGCUAAAUUUGGAAUUAUUUUCAUUUGCAAAGCAAAUAUAGACAAAAUACCUAGCAUCUAAAGUGUAAGUUACUCGAUAUCAACUUUUUGUUCAUAGAACUGUUGUAUAAAACCACUACCACACUUGCAUUCGUGCUGUUGGUCUGAAUAUCAGCGGAUUAUCAAAACCACAGCACUCUUGCUCAUGAGAUAUUGCUUCAUUAUCCUGAUGAAUGCAAAAAUAGAUUAAGGAGAGAAUGGAUGGAUGAGAGAAAGUGAUGUCAAAUGACUUAAUGGCACUUGUGAUGGGUUAACGUGUAAAAACAAGUUAUUAUAUUUUAUUUCCUUCAUGAAGCUCUGCGGACAUUUUUCUGUUCUGGACUCUUUCUGUUGACAUCGAGGCUCAAAAAGUAUGCCAAUAUGAAACAACACAAAAAUUAAAUAUACAAACGCACAUCAAUGGAUUAAGCAUCCCAUAGACUUUCCCUACAUUACCACAGUUAGUGUGGAAGGGGAUGACCCGUUUGGUUUAGUGUGUAGUGAAAAUGUAUGAAUGUGCUUUUUAUAUUUCCAAAGUGAAAUUGCAUAUUUUCCUUUAAAAGUAAGAAUGUUGGGGAGGAGAAUCGAAUAACUCUUGGUGAAAGAACUUCGUGUAGAGCCAAACAGUUCAAUCACGUUGAAAUUCUGCUUGGACCCCCAGCGUAGUGCUUUCUACAAGUAACUCGGACUUGAUGCUCUUUAAUAAGGUCAGUUCUGCAGUGAUUGGAAGAGAAAUAAAAAAAUAUACCUGACCAGUUGGAACAGUUUACAGCAGAUCCAGUUUAGUGGAAUAACAUCAGAGUUUAUGAAGAGUUUUUAAUUCCAGCUUCCUUUCUUUGGAACGCUUCACAACCCUUCUUUGACCCACACGCACCCAUGUGGUCUUGCUGCACUCUGGGUUUGGUCUUUCCAGAUGUGCCACCUGUAGUCCUAGACUUAUCACCCUUUCUUUCACAAGGGUUUUGAAGAGUCACUUAUGUUUGUACAUACAGUAUCUAUAUAUAGCAAACAUAUCAUAAGCCUUUAUUUUUCAAAUUUCAGAUACUUUAUUUUGUCAUGUUUUUUUUUUUGUUUGUUUUUUUUUUUGCAUUGGCAUGUCUUGUUAUCCUGUUUUUUCUGGCCAUACUGUGUAAAAAUCAUUGUAUGUGUUGUAGAUAAACCAAUUGACAAUACAAAGAUAAAAAAGAAGUAGUGUGAAAGAUGGUAGAGAUUGUGAAUAUGAAUUUAUUUUAUGGUCCUUUUUUAGGAAAGCUAGCUAUAGGAGAGAUGUGAACUGUAAAUGUCUAUCUAUGCAGUCUUUUAGCACGGAGGAUGAUUUGAGAACAAAGACACAUUGCCUUGCAUGUCCUGGGAUAAUUUAAGAAGAAAAACUGUACUGAACAGAAAUGAUAUUUUUUAUUUUAUUUAUUCUAUUUUAUAUUGGUAUAUACUGGUUUCAGUGUGAUGCAUCAUAUGCUCAGACAUUCUUUACCUUGUCUCAAACAACCAAUCACAAUUUCUGGAAAGAAGAAAAGUCAAUCCAAAACAGUGUACAGUUACUCUGGUGACCCUGAAGAAGUUGUGCAUGUUCAUGAUAACAACAUUUGUAAGAUCUCAAAAGACCUUUACAUUCUGCCCAAACAAACAUUACAUACUGUACUUUAGGUAUAGCUUCGGUCUGCUUUAGAAGAUGUUCCUAAAGUUAGCAAUAGACAUUUUAAAUGAAUUUGUCCAGUAGGAGACAGAUCAGCUAUUUCACAAUGACCAUAAUUUAAACGCAUUUGUUUUUAAUUUGUUUGGCCAGUGAGUAGAUGUGGUUAGCUAGCUCCAUAAUAGUCAUUUACCAUUACUCUUGUACCUUGACUGCACAAGAACACCGCUUUCACCUAGCAGAUAAUCAGAGUAUGAGAUGUUGAAAUAAUAACUGUAAUAACUGUAAUAACUGCAUCAGCUGUACAUAUAUGUGUUAAAAUGACCUGGCACAAAUCAGUCUGCCUGUGUACUGCACACACUCUAUCCCCCUCUUCUUUAAACAAUUGUUUUUUUUUUUUUUUUUUUUUUAAGGGAGCCUAAGUUUUAUGAUAUUUUUACUUUGUGAUACACUUUAUUGUGAAUCAGUAAGUCUUAUACAAUUCAAUGUAUUCUUUCUAUUGUUUCACAAUUUUUUGGGGGUUCACAGUGAAAAUUAAUUACACUAUGUUCAAAUAUGAUCUCCAUGAUAACAGCCAGUGUUAGCUGCUACAUGCAAAACCAGAAAUAGGGAAGAGGCUUAUGGUAAUGAGGGUAAUGUAGUCCAGUACAUGAAUUCAUCAUAGAGUUCUCUCUUGGCCAAGAGUAGUGUAUUUGUUUGUUUGUCUCUAGUGUUCUUGCAUGGUGAAACACUUUCUGAUCAUUGGCUUUCAGGGGAAUUAUCACACGGAUUAACAAUCUCCUGGUGAAACACAAACACGUUUUGUGUGUGUGUGUGUGUGUGUGUGUGGAAACGUUGGCUUUCUCUGCUCAACACUAAUUUGUACACCAUAUAAAUGUAAACUGUUGUGGAAAUAAAUGGCAUAUCACAAAAUGUCAAGAUGUUUCUGUCUCUUUCUCACCGUGCAUAUUGUGUAUUUUUAAUAGGGGGGAUUUCUUAAUUUCCUGAUGAUUUUACAAAGAUAUUUUUACCAAUCAGAGUCAACAAUGCUUUUUUGGCAUGAUUGAUAAUAUGUACUGUUUUGUCAAAGUGGAUGAAGUAUUUACACUAGAGAAAUACAGUAUGCAGUA